UUCCCGCCCCGAUCCGCCCCGGCCGUGGCGGGACCGGCGCCGAGCCCGCUGCAGGCCCGAGGGCGUAGGCGGACGGGCUGUGCUGUGCGCAGGCGCGACUGCGGCCGCGAUCCACAACAAAGGGGAGACGGGUUGCGGCGACCACCCUUUCCCGGUUGCAGGGGGUGGGCGGUGGGCGGGGACUCUGCCUCCGGCAGCGCGGUGCAUGCCGGGACUUGUAGUCCUGGCGGCGGUAUUCCCGCCAUCGGGAAGCGCGACGGAUUCCUGGCGUUGCUAGUGUCGGCUGCGGCGGCCGACGGCAACGGUCAGCCACCAGGAGCCGGAGGGAUCCCCGCAGGUGGCUGCUUGGAGACCCCCAUGCGGGAAGGUAGAACAGGUGGAACUGCUGUCCCCCAGCUUCGCCGCGGGGAGCCUCCGGUGCCGGGGGACAGCGCCGGCUGCUGCCCGGCAGCCAGCGGCGCCCUGAUGCGGGCGCCCCGCGGGGAGCGCGCCCUGGAGGAGUCCCUGGAGCUGUACCAGAGGCGCCUCCGAGAACGUGCCAGUGAAAGCAUCUCUCAACUGAAACAUGCCUUGGCAAAAGGUGAUGGCACUGGAUUUGACCAGUCCUCUGUGGAUGAGGGCAGUGACAAUGCAGACAGGGACAAUGAUGACUGUGGGACUGCAGCCAGUCAGGAACUGCAGCACAGUCAUGCAGUUAACCAACUUAAAAUUUUGUUGCAACACCAAGAAAGAAUGGAAAGUGAAGAGUCUCCCUCAAGAAGGAAGAAUUCAUUCCAGAAGCCCCCAGAAGCUGUGCCUGCAGACCUACCAGCCCUUUCCGAUCUUGUUCCUAUAAUCACUGAUCAGUCACAGUACAUUAAACAUUUGGAAGCAGAAGUGAAAUUUUACAAGGAGGAGUUGUGUGGGGUGAAAGAUCAGGAACAGGCAGUUUUACUUGAAAAUGAGGAACUCCAUCAGAAGCUGAAAUUCUUAACUGCAGAAUACAUGUUGAGAGAACAAACUCUACAUGAUGCCUCAGCAAAUAAUCAGAAAUCCUGGCCUGUAGGUGGUAAAGACUGUAGCACACACCAGCCUGUCACCUCAUCACUGGCACAUAACAAAGAUCAGGCUUUUGUUGCAGCAGCUUCUGGAGACAAAGCCAGAUGGCCCGUAGAGUUGGAGAAUCUAAAACUUCUUUAUCAAGAAAAAGUCAAUAUCCUUGAUGCUCAAAUACAGUCUCUAAGAAAAGACCUUUCAGAAUCUCAGAAGACAUGCAAAGAUUUGGAAGGAAGGCUGAAACACCAGAAGUCACUGUUUGCAGCCAGAAAUUCUAGCCAGGUUGGUGGUCUGUGCCUGAACUGUGCCCAGCACGAGGCCAUUCUUGCACAGACUCACUGCAAUGUCCACGUGCAGACCAUCGAGAGGCUGACGAGAGAAAGAGAUGACUUGAUGGAUGCACUUGUUUCAGUGAGACAAAGCAUAAAAGAGAUGCAGCAAAGAGAAUCUAAUGCUUGUAAGCAAGUUGAACAUGCUGUGCAAAUGGCAGAAGAGGCCAAUUUUGAAAAAACAAAGGCUCUAGUCCACUGUGAACAACUGAAAAGUGAGAUGGAACGACAGAAGAAUUAUCUUGAAAAAGAGUUGGCUGCCCAGCUACGUAAGAGGGCUGAUGAAAAAGAAGCACUGCGGCGAGAAAUGAAGAAGGAAAGGGAGGACUUGGAAGCAAUGGUGACAGCUUUGUCUAAGGAUGUGGCUGUUUCGGAGGCUCAAAUAGAGAGAAUUACAAGGGAAAAGAAUUCUCUAGUUAACCAGUUAGAAGAAUCACAGUGCCAGCUUGCAUCUCAUGAAAUGGAGAUGAAUAAGGUGUGUGGAGAAAUGCGCUAUCAGUUGAAUCAAACCAAAAUGAAGAAGGAUGAGGCAGAAAAGGAGCUCAGAGAGUACAGAACAAAAACUAUAAGGGAGCUUGAAAUUAAGGACCAGAAAAUAGAAAAACUGGGAUUAGAACUCAAUGGGAACAAACAGCGUUUGGAACAAGCCCAGCAGGAUGUGACAGAAGCCAGAGAGGAGUGCCUAAAACUGACAGAACUGCUGAGUAAAUCUGAGCACCAACUGCACCUCACCAGAUUGGAGAAAGAGAACAUUCAGCACAGCAUUAGCAAUGAAGCAAAGGCCCGAGCCCUUCAGGCCCAGCAAAGAGAGCAGGAGCUGACACAGAAGAUGCAGCAAAUGGAGGCCCAGCAUGAGAAAACUGUAGAAGAACUGGACUCAUUGCUGACCUCCCAGAAUACAUUCAUAGCAAAAUUAAAGGAAGAAUGUUUUGUGUUGGCAAAAAAGUUGGAACAAAUGUCAGAAAAAUACAGAUCUGAAGUCAACCAGCUUAGUCAGGAAAAAGAGUAUCUUCAUGGCAGAUUGGAGAAAAUGCAGAAACGGAAUGAUGAAUUGGACCAACAGUGUAUCCAGCAUGGGAGAAUACAUGAGAGAAUGAAGUCAAGGUUACAGCAGCUUGACAAGCACUGCCAGGUCACUGCCCAGCAGUUAGUGGAGUUGCUCAACAAACAGAAUCAGCUCUUCAAAGAGAAGCACCUGCUUACAGAAGAGGUGGAGUUUCUGCGAACACAGGGAAAAAAAUGGGAUGCAGAUCUCAAACAGGACACAGAUGGAAUGAAGUAAAAACCUGGAUGGAUAAAGAGAAAUGAGCAGAAGUCUGCUCUGCACCUGGCUGAAACUUGUCUGAGGCUCACCCAAAGACACCUCUGUAGAAAAGAGGCACACUUGCUAGCUCAUUUCAGCUGGUUUCUAUUUGGUUUUAACUACAGAAUCACAAAUAUUUUGAAGCCUUACCAGCCUACCAAACUUUCUAGGACAACAGCUGAGACUUUUCUGAAAAGACCAGGCUUGCAAGCCAGUUUUAACAGCUAUUAUGUGGUGUGGAUGUCAAUAAUUUGUACAAUGUUUAUAAAAUGUUUUUAUCUAUUUUCAUAAUUGAACAUACAUGUCUAUAUUAUUUACAGACUGAAAUAUCAAUAAACCUCAUAGGUUCUCUA